AUGUCAUACGAGAAUAAUAAUAGAAACUGGUCAAAUGACAAUAAUGAUUCUAAAAGAUCAUAUCAAAGAGACAGAAGAGGAUUUAAUGAAUAUCAGGAUGCUAGACUUAAUCAACAAAAAAGAGUGAGAGAUGAAUUUGCGCAGAGAAGACACUAUAACUCUUCUUAUUCUCAAAAUAGAGGAUUUUAUCCUCCAGAAAGAAGUUUUUAUUCUCCAGAAAAAAGAUUUCCUGAGCAAAGACGUCGAUAUCAAAAUUAUCAACCAAUGUAUUACGAUAAUCGCCCAAAUCAAGCAAAUUACGAUAAUCGCCCAAAUCAGGCAAAUUACGACAAUCGACAACAUCGAGUAAAUUAUGAAACUGGAAGGAGAACAUUUGAUUACCAGAGAAGCCACGAUAUGGCUUAUAGAAGGCCUAUAGGUGGUGUUAAAAGAAGUUAUAAAAGAUCAAAAGAACAGCUUGAUAAAGAACUAAGUAUUUAUAUGGCUGCUGGAAAAUAA